AUGGCGGCCCGGUCUGAUCAGGCGGAACCAUUCCCAAAGCUCGAGACCCGACGAAGCUCUUUUGCCUCUCACUCCUCGAUUCCCUCUUCUCCUGCGCGCCCACGGACGCGGACAGGGUCGUUGAUACAAUCGUUUAUCGAGAGCAAUCCGCCUCUUGGGUUUACACAAGCGGCUGGGGAGGUCACCUCUAAGAUCCCCACGUUACCCGAGAUCAGAAAUGGUGCAUUUUCCGACGCAGGAUGGACGCACGAAGGCCAGAUGGAGCAGAGGGGAACAAAUCCACAUGAAAUCCAUCGGCGCCGUAUAGCGAGAACGAGUUCCGCCAGUACCCGGACGCGAAGGAGUUCUGUCUCUACACCGGGUGGUCAGGUGCCCGUUAUCACUGAAGAGAGACACGAGUAUUUCCCGAGUCAAAGUCCAAUGACAAAACCAGAGCCUGUCAUCGAGGAGGCUCUUGCUGCCGGAUUAGAGGGGAGAAUCGACGAAAUCAGCCAGGGCAGAGCCCGGUCCACUUCCUCCAAGCCAAUUGAAAACGCCGCCAUCAAUGAGAAAGAUGCAUCGACAGCUUCAUCAAACGCUGACGGCAAUGGGCCACAGGCGGUCAAGGUUCAGGGCGGACCGGAUGCGAGUGGCACAUAUCCAAACGGAUAUCGAUUCCCCAAAAAACACACCUGGAUCCAGUCCACCACGAUCGGUCUGAAAGCAUUCUGGAAAUUCUUCCUCACGCCGCUCGGUUUUAUUUUGACCAUCUACGGCUUGAAUGUUGUUGCGUGGGGUGCUAUGAUUUUUUUCGUUCUCCUCAAGGCCGCACCGGCAAUGUGUCACCCGAACUGCGAGGACGACAGCAGUGCCCGCCAGAUCUGGAUAGAAAUCGACUCGCAAAUUCUCAAUGGCCUCUUCUGCGUCACCGCAUACGGUUUGUUGCCCUGGCGUGCCAGAGACUUCUACUAUCUGAUGCAAUGGCGGAUUUUCGGCAAAUACGACCACCACCGUCGGCUCGCCGGAGUCAAUCGAAGUUGGUAUCGACUACCAGGAAGUGAGAAACUCGACGAGAGUGUUGGUCCACCACCGGUCUACACCAAGAAACAUCCGCCCUCGCCCGAAUCACCACCACCCUAUACCGAAGAACAAAUCGCCGAGCUUGAAGCAAAUCCCGCCAUUCCACUCCCCGUCACAUCCAUGCCAGCGGCCCCGCUUACGGGCGUGCGUGCCGCUCCCACGAAAUCCUGGACCCUGGAUUUCGUCGUGUGGAUGUAUAUGGCCAACACCGGGUUCCAGGUGUGUCUGUGCGUGUUCAUGUGGCAUUUCAACCGAUUCAACCGGCCCGCGUGGGGAACGGCACUGUUCAUUGUAUGCGGUUGCCUCGUCGCUAUCUUCGCCGGCGUUGUCGUCGGCAUAGAAAGUAGCAAGGUCAAGAAAAUCGAGGGCAUCCCCAUCAUGGAGUACGACGUGGUUGAAAGCGUCGAGGACUUCCAGGAGCGAAAGGCCAAGGACGAGAAAAAACAGCUGAAACAUUCGAGACGCGAGGCCAAGAAGUUGAAGGGCCAGCAUUGGUUUACGAGACACUAG